AGCGGUACAUUUAUUUGGACAAAUGCCGCAUAAAAAGCCACUUUUAAAAAAUAUUUUCCUCAUUACGAGUAGUUAUAGUGGUACUUCCUUGGUAUACGACCAAGUAACUUAAUUUGUCAGCUAAGCUGUUGGAUACUGGUCGCGCCUCAAGCCAAACGCAUCCGUCGAGGGCUAGCCGACGCCGUCUCGUGUGCUCACCUUGCCCGUGGUGCAACGUGGUGCUGUCGAAGGUAACCUGCGGCAGCCUCGGUUCGGAUCAUCGGCUCCUUCCACGGGUGUGAUGGCGCGCUACAGCGUGUUGGGCGACAAUUUACUGUUAAAUGAGCUAACGUGGCCGGAGAUUGAAGCGAUAUAUUCUGUUCAAUCAGAGCCUGUCCCCAGACGCAACAUUGGGCAGCACGGAUUUGUAGAUGUUCCGAACAUGGACGAGUGGACAUUCAAAAGGAGCUUUAGAUUUGAAAAAAUGGAUUUAGAAGAUCUGGUGGCAGCUCUAAAAAUUCCAGCCGAGGUGAAAAGCGCCCAGCGAGUGAGGGUUCCGGGGUACGAGGCGCUGUGCAUGACCCUGCGAAGGCUGGCGUACCCCAAUCGCCUUUGCGAUUUAGAAAGAACGUUCGGGCGGCACAGCUCGGUCAUUUCGAGCGUAGUAAGCACUGUCAUGGCGCAUAUAGAAUACCAGUUUGGACAUCUGCUAUCAGACCUGACGAACCACAAGUGGCUUGACGUGCCCUGCCUCAAGAAGCUCUCCGAGGCGGUGCAUGCGAGAGGUGCGCCGUUAAAGAACUGCUGGGGCUUCAUCGACGGCACUGCCCGACAUAUCUGCCGGCCGUCGGUGGGGCAACAGGAGCAUUUCUCCGGACACAAGCGGCACCACGUGCAGAAAUAUCAAGCACUGAUGUCUGCCAACGGCAGCAUCUGCCAAUUAGAUGGCCCUUUUAAUGGGCGACGACAUGACGCAGGUAUCCUCAAAGACACCGCCCUUUAUGACAACUUGCAAGCCAUCAACCACGGUGAAAGAUACGUCAUCUACGGAGACCCAGCGUACCCACUGCGGCCUCUCCUUCUCAAGCCAUUUGGAGGCUCCCGCCUGCUGCCGCACGAAGCUCUCUUUAACAAGAGGAUGAGUACAGUCCGCCAGGCGGUCGAGUGGGGGUUUGGGAAGGUGGCCGCAGAUUUUGCUUUUGUGGAUUUCCACAAGAACCAGAAAAUGUCGCGUCAAAGACUUGGGCGCAUGUAUAAGGUUGCCACCCUACUGUCAAAUUGUCACACAUGCCUAUACGGCAGUCAAGUGUCUAAUUUCUUUGAGGUCGAGGCACCCGCCCUUGAUGAUUACCUUGUGCCCCUUUUCCUUGAUUCGUAA